UUGAUAGAAAAUAUAAUGGACUUCACAGCAAAGAUUUAGUGGUUAUCCAUCAUGAAGAGCACUCUUGGCCUGAAUUUAUCUCAACUCAUUUAACUGAGAUUUAGCAAUCAAGUCACGAUAGAUAUCAAGAGUGAAGCAUGCAGUUCAACAUUUUACAUUAGGAUAACCUGGGCUUGUCUAAACCCGUUUUCUUCCAGGAUAUUUCCAGUAGCUUUUUUGUAAAAGCCUAAAUUUAGUAUGAGCUUUUGAAGAGAGUUCCUAAACUCUACUGACUUGGAAAGCCCGAGUAUCAAGUUUUUAAAGCCAUCUGCCUCAUUUUCUUGUGAGGUAUUUCCUGUUAUUCGACAGUUUCCUAAUGUCAUUGAAUUAAGAGUACUUCCAUCCAGCGCAUGGGCAAAGUUCGGCACACUUUGUACAAAAAUGUCACACCGACUAAAGAGUACUUCCUGCAUAUUUCAUAUACCAUUGAACAGUCUCAUUAGUGAAGGCUGGGGAAUAGUUCACCUCCGUAAAGUCACCGAUGAUUUUACUGUAAAUUCUCAUUGUUGAAUUUAUUUCAAUACUUGACGAUGCACAACUUCGCCUCCCAGACGACUUUCAAGGAAAGGCUGGAUUAAACUCUGGCCUAUAUCUUAUAAGUAGCAUUUAGGAUGUCACGUAUGAACUUGACAAUUCUCCCAGAUUUCUUAUCAACAAAGAGCAUCUGUAAGCUAUCAACUUUUCUUGAAAAGGAAGUAAUCAAGAAUUUUCUUAGUAAUGGAAGAUCACUAAGAGGAUAUAUUUUUCAAACACAGCCCAUCUAUUGUAGAUUAGAUAAACUAUUUUUAUUACAAACAAGUAAGGUGGAUUACGACUAUAGUUUUGAUAAUACCCAAGAGAACAGCAGUCCACAAGCCCCUAUCCAACUGUUAAAACUGCAAUAGAUUGGGAAGAGUCAAAGUCUUGAGCCUCUUCAUAAAGUAUCACCAGAGUAUUCCUUCUAAAUUGAGUUCCAAUUCAUUACUGAGUUCUUUAUUCCAUGUUCUGUUGCUAAAUUCCGUAUAGAGAUUUGUAAACACUGUAAAGUUAAUAUCUUCAGACUUCUGAUUGAUCAGCAUCUCCUGGGGGAUUACAGAUUCCAGCUUAGCUUUGCUUGUCUUAUUAUUAGGAUCAUCGGAUUCGGUGUCUACCCUUGCCUCUUCUUUUGCCUGUAAAAUCUGCUGAGAUUGUUCUAAAACCUUGCUGAUUUUCUUCACAAGGUCUACAUAACGCUCCUUGUAUGUGAUAUCAUCAAUCCUCACCUUCCCUGGAUCAUAAGCCUCUAAUUCUUGUUGAAGUGAGACAAGUUGGUUGUUGAUCUGACUGAUUCUUGCUCAUCAAACAUUCGAAUUUUGGUCCUGAUAAAGAUUCAGUAUUUUCUUUUGUGCGCUAAUAUUUAGCUUAAAGUAUUCUCAAGAAGCCUUGAAAUUUCUUAAGACUGAAAGUUUUUGAUAAUAAGCUUCGGUCUUGCCAGUCUUCUUUGGCACUCUAUUCUUUGGAGUAUGUUUCUUUUUACUAAAAGUUC